AUGAUCUACAAGAUGUGGGCACCAGUCAUGCAUUAUGCCCCGGAGUAUCAUGUCCUUCAGGAUAUCGUCCUGUCGUCAGUCGGCUACGAAGCUUCCGCAAAGCUCAUGACAACAGCGAGGGAGCCAGGCAAGCAGGCAUUCAUGUUGGAUCCCGUCUGGCUAGAUGGUGCGAUGCAAGCUGCUGGCUUCACAGUGAACAUGAGCGUCAGCGCUACUCCUGGAGCGGUGUAUGUUCUGAACGAGUGUGCAAGCAUCCGCUUCUGGGAGGCUCCGGUGUACAACAAUGUCUACACCUGCUAUGUAAAGGGAGAGUCGUUUUCGACGAGGAGCACGAUCUGCGCCCAGUAG